AUGUGCUCGGGUAUUGUGUGGGGUGGUAUACUAUUGGAAGUCGUUGGCAUGCUCAGUGGGCAAUGGGAUGGUCCGCAGAUAUUCCUGUACGGAGUUCUCUCCGGUGCCCUAUGGGGUACUGCCAACUUCAUCGUCAUACCGCUUGUUCGUAUAUGUGGUCUGGCCCUUGGGUUCUCUCUUUACCAUAUCAUCAACCUGAGCUGGGGAUACUGUCUGUCACGUUUUGGUCUCUUCGGUAUGGACCGCGAUGUCGGUCGAAUUCCGGUUAUGCGUGACGUUGGUGUUUUCGUGCUCCUUUUCUCUUUCGCCGUUCUCUUCUUCGUCGACCCGGAGGAGUCCCCGGAUGAGUCCGAGUCGGCCUCCA